UUCUUUAUGUUGUGCCGUUCUGUGACUCUGUGAUAGGUUAUGUUAUGGUUUUUGAAAUUUUAUCAACUCGAUUUUCUUUACUAUAAAUAAUUUAUGUAACAAUGUUGAUUAAGAAGUAUAUUAUAUUUAUCGGACAAUCUCAUAAUACUUGUGUUAUUUCUAAUAAGGAUUUAUUAGGUUAUAUGGAAUGUAAUCAAUCAGUAAAAUGAUGAAAACUAGAUACCUUCACAUUUUGUAGUUCAUAAACUAUCUGAAACGAAUAAAAAUAAUUUCCAGCAUUCGAAAUGUCCAGACAAAAAACAUACUUCAAGAUUGGUUGCACGACUGUAGCUGUAACCAGCAUAGCUUGGAUGUUCAGUCAACUAAAAACUACAAAGUGCAUAUUAAAUAAUGCUGUUGAUUUAUCAAUACUCAACAUUCUUGAGAAUACCAAGGAAAACGUUCCUAAAGUUCCUGUGAUUAAUCUGGAACCAGAGUACAUCUAUCUUGACAAUUUGAAACUUGAUAAAAUGCCAAAAUUGUGGGAAUCACUGAAAUUUGAGUAUGCUCAAAGAUUAAUAGGCUUAAGUCACAGUGAUAGUGAUUUCAUACGUAAGAAAGCUCUAGGCUCUCUCGGUAAGAUGAAAAACUUGAAUAAGGGUCACAGUUCCCUAUUAGCAAAUAUGAUUGAUGAGCAUGCUGCCAUAUAUCUUGCCAGAAUUAAAGAUGUGAAUAUGAGUUUAUUCAAAGAGCCCCCUGUGAAGUACCUGAAGUAUAAUGAAAGGAUGAUUAUUAAUGAGAUGAAAGAAUUACUUCUCAAACUAUCAGACAGGUGUACCCAUGCAUGUUUGGAAGAGUUAAUUUCAAAGGCCUUCUUUUCAGUAGAGGAAACAAGUAGGUUAGUUGAAAAUGAUUCAAUACCAGUGGAAAUGAUGAAGUUGGGGCAGAAUGGCCAGAACGUACUUCCUAUGUGUUUAGAGGCUCUUCUCCACCAUGCCAGCAUCGAGUCAUUUGGAAAAGACAUUGUCAAGUUGAAUGCGCUACCUCUCCUAUCUGAAAUACACAGUAGGCAUCGAGACAACAUUAAUAUAAAUGUCGCUUUGAGCAGAACCAUUUCCUAUUUAUCCUUCCACAAAGAAAUACUUCAAGAAUUAUACAAAACAGGAUGGAUCGGAAUACUUGCAGAAUGGAUGAAACACGAAGACGUCAGAAUAUCGAUUCCUGCAGCACGUGCUUUGAGCAACCUUGAAAAUAAUGAAGAAUUGUACAAGAAGUACCUUUACCUAUUACAUCCAAGUUAUGUAGGUAGCAAGAAACCCAAAGUGGACGUGGUCUUUGUACAUGGUCUCUUAGGAGGAGUUUUUUUCACUUGGCGUCAGAGAACAAAGUCUGAUUUGACGAUAGGUCUUAUGGGUAAGGGUCAACGUUCUUCUUCUUCUGAAAAUAAAGAAUCGCUAUCCCAAACCCUGUCAAUGCCAGGCAUCCGUAAAAGAAUAUUUAAAGAAAUGGAAAGCAGCGAACCAAGAACGAGGCAAUACAUGAGGGAUUUUGAAGAAGAGGAAAUCAACGAAAUGAAAGACUUUGAAAUGGUUCUAGAUGACUUACCGACGAAUGGACAUUCGACCAUAGAUUGCGGCUAUACUUGUGGUGCUGACAAAUUGGUGAAAAGUGGAGAUACGGACACCUUCACGUACUGUUGGCCUAGGGACUGGUUGGGUGAAGAUUGCAAUGACUUGAGAAUAAUCGGGGUUAACUAUGAAACGACUCUGUCGAAAUGGAACAGCUUCUGUCCUCAUAUAACUGAGAAGACGAACCUUGAAGAACAGAGUUUGAGACUUAUGUCGAGUCUUCUGCAAGCUGGAGUUGGAAGUCGGCCCAUUAUUUGGGUGACUCAUUCUAUGGGAGGAUUAUUGGUGAAAAAUAUUCUUUGUAAAGCUUCUGAAAGUACCGAUCCCAACGUUCAUCGACUUAUCAACAACACAAAAGGAAUCGUUUUCUACAGUACACCACACUUGGGAUCAAAUUUAGCUACAUUCAAUCCAGCAAGUCAACUUCUCCUUCGAUUGUCAAUCGAAGUCAAAGACCUGAGGGAGAACUCACCCUUGCUACUAAACAUCCAUCAAAAGUUCCUCAAAGUAGUCGAGAGUAAUCCAAUCCAUAUUAUCACUUUUGUGGAAACCAAAAAAACAUACUUCACCUCACUCAAGUUCAAUUUUCAAUUGGUAACUCCUGAAUCAGGAAAUCUUGGCCACGGAGAAUACUAUGAAAUUCCAUUGGACCAUUUGGGAAUUUGUAAACCGGUAUCAAAGUUCUCAUUCCUCUAUAGGCGGAUAUUUGAUUUUGUUCAAGAAGUUAUUGAUACUACUUGAUAUAUAUGUGAACUAUAUAGGUUAAUUAAAACUUCAUGAAAAAGA